CGGCGCAUGUGCCUGAGGCCUUGGCUCGGGCAGGAGGAGCGGCAGCGGCGACGACGACAACGACGGCGACGGGGCCUCCGUCUCCCAUGGCCGGGACGCGCUGGGUCUUGGGCGCGCUGCUCCGGGGCUGUGGCUGUAGCAGUUGCCGCCAGACCUGCGCGGCCUGCCUCCCUCUGCGGCCUGCCGUCGUCGCCGCCGCGGCCUCUUCCGCCGCCGGCUGCUGCGACGCCCUCGGCCCUUCAGGCCGCCGCCGCCGCCGCCUCCUGUCUUUCCUCGGGGCAGCCACGCAGAGCCGAGGCUUCGCCGGUGCCGCCGGGCCGCUGCCUGGCUUCGGCGCCCUGCGGGGCUCGCUGCUCUCGCCGUCCCUCGGGGGGAGAUGCUACAGCCGGGACGAGUAUCCUCCCCUCUCAGAAUACGAGCUGCCACCGUCCAAGUCCUGCGAAGAAGAUGACGUGUAUCUUAUUCGAGCCCAGGGUCUGCCUUACUCCUGUACCGAGGAAGAUGUUCUCAACUUCUUUGCAGGCAGCAAGAUCCGGAACGGUGUACACGGCAUACACUUCCUCUUAAAUCGCGAUGGGAAACGCAGAGGAGACGCUCUGGUUGAGCUGGAGUCCGAACAGGAUGUGCAGAAGGCCCUGGAGAAGCACCGAAGGUACCUGGGCCAGCGCUACGUGGAAGUUUUUGAAAUUCACAAUGAGGAUGUUGAAGCCAUCAUGAAGAGCUUGCAGUCCACUUCGACUUCCGUGACCAAUGAUGGGGUCGUACGACUGAGAGGCCUUCCGUAUAGUUGCAUUGAAGCGGACAUUUCUGAGUUCUUCUCAGGCUUGACUAUAGUCGACAUAACGUUUGUCAUGGACCAGAGAGGAAGGAGGAAAACAGGAGAGGCGUUUGUGCAGUUUGCUACACCUGAAAUGGCUAAUCAGGCUUUGUUGAAGCAUAAGGAAGAGAUUGGGAACCGAUAUAUAGAAAUAUUUCCAAGCCAGAGGAGCGAAGUUCGUACCCACAACGGUUUUUACCGGGGUAGGAAAAUGAUGGGUUAUUCGGCUAUGAAGCAAGACCCUGAAUCGGUUUUUGAGGAGAGCGAAUUGUGCGAGGCCUUGAGACCGGCUUAUGAAAGUGACACAGAAAAUGAUGUUUUUAAGCCAGUGUUCGAAAAGCCUCGAGAGGUGGCGGAAUCCGGGAGCUUCUCCUCACUUCAUUUUGUUCACUUGAGGGGUCUGCCUUUUCAAGCGACUGCCCAAGAUAUUAUAAAUUUCUUUGCUCCCCUGAAACCGGUGAGGAUCACGAUGGAAUAUAAUUCAAGUGGGAAAGCGACAGGUGAAGCCGAUGUGCACUUUGAGACGCACGAGGAUGCAGUUGCCGCGAUGGCCAAGAACAGGUCUCACGUGCAGCACAGAUACAUUGAAUUAUUCCUGAAUUCAUCACCAAGCAGAAAAAAUGGUUGCCAGUGACAAUAGCAUAAUUCCCAAAGUUUAGGAUAAAUAUGCAUUUCAUUUGCACACUUUUCCUAGCGCUGGAAUGCAGGAGUUCCUGUAACUAGCAAGGAUAAAAUCUAAAAAGGACACUUUGUUUUAAGAAUUGCCUUUCAAAGAAGAAAAAAAGAAAACCAGCAGCUGUACCUGAAACCCCACAAAUUGUUUGUGCAUAAUCUGUCGUAUGUAGAAACCAAAAUUAAACGUCGAGCUGUC